AUGGUUUCUCUCAAAGACAUCGAACACAAUACCCUUCCGGCACAACUGACAUUUUUGUCGGAGAUUAAGAUAGAGAAGGUGGCAAAGGAGAAGGAGAGCGUCUGCUUGGAAAAACUGAGACGGCCCCGAAAGGUGACUACUAAACCACGAACAACCCGCGUCUCAUCUUGUCGCGAUAAUAAUCCUUCUCCGAACGGUAAAAGGAAGAGAUCGAAAAACGAGGGAGCGGCGGAGAAUAAUAAGCGAAAGCGCGGAAACAACGUCCAAGAACCGCCACCAGAGCUGCCUGAGAAAAUCAAGAGCCUAAUUUCUCACCUGCCGGAAACCCGAGAGGUGUCGAGGGCGACAUUGGUAAUUCAGAAACCACUUACAGUAACAGACGUAAGCAACCACCAUAACAGGAUGUCUAUUCCGUCGAAGCAUAUACGGGAGACAUUUCUGACCGAAGAGGAAGAGCUUAAGUUGUGUGAACGCAACGAGAAGAACGUGGCUUCCAUCGAUGUCCCGUUGAUAACGCCGACGAUGGAAAUGGCAAAUGUGAGCUUGAGACGGUGGCCGAUGAAUAAGCAAAGUGGACCUCCUAGCAUCGCUUACGUGCUAACAAGUACGUGGAACAAAAUCAAACAACAGAAUGGACUUAGAAGUGGGAUGAAAGUUCAGUUGUGGGCUAUUCGUAUUGAUGGAGUCUUGUGUUUCGCUCUUACUCUCAAGCCUAAAAAAUAG